AUGACCACGCCCCGGCGCUCAGGUAAACCCGCGCGUCUCAGGCUCACGCUCUUUGGCCGCUCCGUCCUGCUGCUCACCGCCGAGCUUCUCGCGAACGCCGUCUGCUGGGCCGUCUCUGCUGUCCUGUUCGGCCGGAGGCCCGAGACGCGCCCGGUCCUCUCGCUCGCGCUCCUAGCCUGGACAAUCGGUCUCAGACACGCGCUCGAUGCGGACCACAUCAGCGCGAUCGAUAACGCGACGAGGAGCCUGAUCGGCAUGGGCCAGCUCCCCGUCACCUGCGGCCUCUUCUUCUCGCUCGGGCACAGCACGAUUGUGGUCGCGGUGAACGUAGCCAUCGCGAUCAGCACAGACGUCUACGACCGAAUGCAACGCGUGGGAGAGGUGGGAGGUAUCGUAGGCUCCGCCGUCAGCGCGUCGUUCUUGUUCGUCGUCGGGCUCGCGAACUCCAUAAUCCUGUAUAGGAUCCUGCGCAAACGUCAUCAGAUCAGACGGCUCCGGGCAGAACGCGCAGCCCAAGGCGCAGAAGGCCAUGGCGGCGACGCCGUGCUCGAUGAAGAACCGGAGGACGACGGGUCGCACCAGAACACCCUCAUGAUGAAGCUCCUCGGCCCCGUCGUGACGUUCGUCGACCGUCCGUGGAAGAUGUACCCCGUCGGCGUCCUAUUCGGCUUCGGGUUCGACACCGCAUCCUCCAUCGCCCUCCUCGCCGUCUCGGCCAUCGCGAAGCGCGGCCCUGACGGCCAGCAGAUCAAUCCUGCGGACAUCGUCGUCCUCCCGCUGCUGUUCACAGUCGGCAUGACGCUCAUCGACUCCCUCGAUUCCGUCAUCAUGCUCUAUUCGUACGCGGGUUUCCCGGAGCGAUCCUUCGCGCUCUUCGAGCGGCGCUCCGCCCCUAGCGACCCCACCCUCCCACACACGGCUCUGUCAAACAAGCCGGACGCGGACGAUGCAGCCGUGCAGGUACUACCGCGCGAACCAGCCGCGCAGACCGCGCUCGUCGUAGACAGCAAGGCCAGAGACGAGAAGCCGGCCACGGUCGGUGUCGCAGCGGACGGCGUCGCAGCGGACGGCGUCGACGGCGCGGAUAUGCCGCAGCGCCGGGCGAUGCGCGUGAAGCGCAACACGAUGUCGAACCUGAGCAUCCUUCUCACGAUUAUGAGCAUCUUGGUCGCGUUCAGCAUCUCGUUGAUCACGACCAUGGGCCUCAUCGGCGACAACUGCACCCCGUGCCGAAGCGCUGCGAACGCACCGGAUGGCGGGGGACUCGCAGGAAGAUGGUGGAGAGGAUGGGCGAAGGCUAACGACAACAGCGGAUACAUCGGAGCUGCCAUUGUUGGAACGUUCGUCUUGGUCGUCAGCAGCUGGUAUGGGUUGCGUUUCCUGCACGGCAAGCGGCAAGCGCAAAAGAACCGGGCACAACAAUAGGAAUGUGGAACUUAACGAACGCAAACAACCAGUAGUCGUCACGAUAGCAGUUUCACGCCAUGUGUCUACC